AUGGCACACCUCGUGGAUGCGACAAAAACAGUCCUGGGGAGAAUUUCUCCUACUGCUCUUCUCCUCAUUGUUGCGGCCCUCGCUUUAGGGCAAGUCCUCAGCGCUCGGUACCUGACCCCAUUACGAAAGAUCCCUGGUCCCUGGCUGGCAAGCGUUACGAAAUUAUGGAAAGUCCACAAAACCCUCCAAGAGCAUAUGGAGUGGGAGAACAUCAGACUGCAUCAGAAAUAUGGCCCAAUUGUCCGAAUCGGCCCCACUGAGGUGAGCAUCGACGAUCCUGAGGAAAGCCUCAGAAUUAUCUAUGGUCCUGGAUCCCGGUAUAGAAAGGCACGCUGGUAUGAAGCAUCCGAUCCGCCAGGCGCUCACUCUUUAUUCACCGAUUCCAACAUUCAGCGCCAUGCCCACGAUCGCCGAAUGGUGUCCGCCGCAUUUUCCAUGACUGCAGUCAUGGAGAUGGAGGAUUUUAUCAGCGAUUGUGUGACUAUGUUUGAGACUCGGUUGGGAGAGUUCGCAGACAAAAAGAAGCCCAUCGACAUGGCCCACUGGCUACAAUGCUAUGCCUUUGACGUUAUCGGGGAAGUCACGUUUGCGAGACGGUUUGGCUUCCUUGAGAAAGGCGAAGAUGUGGGCGACAUCAUGAAGACCUUGGAUGGCUUUCUCUCCUACUCUGCUAAGAUGGGGACAAUUCCAGAGCUACAUGGACCUUACACUUCAGUGAUGUCGUAUCUUUUCCCGGGCAGCGAUCCUUUCAGAAGUCUGAAAGAGGUAUGUGAUCUAUAUGCUCGCGGUCAUUUCCAGCAUCAACCAAUUUUUGUGGAGAGUCGCGUGAAAGAUGGGGCUCAGCACCCAGACUUCUUGUCCCGAUUCAUUCAGGCCCACAACCAGAAGCCGAACGAUUUUCCAAUGAGAGAAGUCUACAAGAUGUGUAUGGUGCUUGUGGGAGCCGGAUCCGACACAACUGCGAUCGCUUUGCGCGCGAUCGUCUACUUUCUGUGCAUGAACCCUGAGAAGCUUGCCAAGUUGCGGAGCGAGAUCGACGAGGCGGACCGAACAAGCAGACUUUCGGCGGUAAUCAAGUACAGGGAAGCCUUAAAGUUGCCUUAUCUUCAAGCAGUACUAAAGGAAGCCAUGAGGUUGCAUCCAUCGACCGGGUUUACUUUGGCAAGAGUAGUGCCAGAGGGCGGAACAGUGUUGCUCGGGUAUGAUCUACCAGAAGGAACCACCGUCGGUAUCAACUCCUGGGUAGCACAUCGAAACGAGAAUGUUUUCGGCAGCGAUGUCGAAUCUUUCAUCCCUGAGCGAUGGCUUGUGUCACAGGAAUCAGUCAGGAAGAUGGACCGCUAUUUUCUCGAGUUUGGUCUUGGGGCACGCACGUGCUUGGGGAAGAACAUCAGCCUCAUGGAGAUGUCCAAGGUGAUACCGCAGAUAAUCCGCGCCUUUGAGAUCGAGCUUGUGAAUCCUGAAGAGGCAUGGAAGACGACGAAUUGGUGGCUUGUGAAGCAAGCGGCUAUGGAUUGCUUCAUCAAACGGAGAGUGAAGAACUGA